CCGGAGAACGCCCCCCUCCCCCGCUCCGCGCGCCCUCACCGGGGGGGCACGCGCCUCUCCCUUCCCCCCCCGCCCCCCCCGCGCCGGCUCGCGCCUAGGAGGAGCGGGGGGGCCCGCGCGGGGCGCCUCGCGUGCCGCCCCCCCUCCAACGGUCGCCGUCCCGGAGGCCCGGGGCAAAACCGAGGGGCCGGGCGGGCGGGCGGGCAUGCAGCCGCCGCCGGAGCCGAGCCCCCAGCGCAGCACGAAAAUGCCAGAAGCCUCAGAAGACCAUAAUCAUUGGAAGGCCUGUUGACUUCCACUUCUGGGUAAUCUGAAACAUCAUCAAUCUGGCAUGGCACAGGGCAGUCAACAACUCGACGCGCAGGUACUCCAUGAUCUCCGACAACGUUUCCCUGAGAUACCUGAAGGGGUGGUAUCUCAGUGCAUGCUUCAGAACAACAACAACCUAGAUGCCUGUUGUCGAGUCCUUGCACAGGAGAGCAACAAAUACUUGUAUAUGGAGUACCAUAGCCCUGAUGACACCAGAAUGAAUAGAAAUAGCCUUUUGCACAUUAAUCUGGGUAUUCAUCCUCAUACCAGCUAUCAUGCAGGGGAUGGAGCUCAACUUAAUGGUGGUCGUACACUGGUACACAGUUCAAGCGAUGGACAUAUUGAUCCACAACGCACAGCAGGUAAACAGCUGAUAUGCUUAGUUCAAGAACCACAUUCUGCUCCCGCUGUUGUGGCAGCUUCUCCUAGUUACAAUCCGUUUUUCAUGAAUGACCAGAAUAGAAAUGCAGCUACUCCUCCUCCACAGCCACCUCCACAGCCAUCUUCCGUACAACCAGGAAUGAACACGUCUGCUAUGCAAGGCCCUCCUCCCACGUAUAUGCACAUACCUCGGUACAGUACAAAUCCCAUUACUGUUACAGUAUCACAAAACCUCCCCUCUGGACAGAGUGUACCCAGAGCUCUACAAAUUCUUCCACAGAUUCCAAGCAAUCUUUAUGGGACUCCUGGCUCUAUUUAUAUAAGACAAACAUCUCAAAGUUCUUCAGGACGACAGACUCCUCAGAAUACACAGUGGCAUUCAUCGCCACAGGGCCCAGUUCCACAUUACACUCCCCGUCCUCUACCUGUGUAUCCUCAUCAACAGAACUACCAACCUUCUCAGUAUUCUCCUAAACAACCCCAGAUCCCUCAGUCAGCUUUUCGAUCACCACCGGCAUCCCAGUGUCCCUCUCCCUUUGGCUCUCCUCAACACCAAGUUCAGCCUCCUCAGCUGGGUCAUCAGAGUUCACAUGUUUUCAUGCCUCCUAGUCCUUCAACUGUCCCACCCCAUCCAUAUCAGCAAGCAUCCCAGACUUUCCAAAAACAAGGCGGUCACUCUGUAUCGUAUCUUCCUUCUUUUGCUGGACCUGGUUUAUCCAAAGGUUCCAUGAAUAAAAUAGAAAUUACAGUUGAGCCACCACAAAGACCUGGGACUGCAAUGAACAGAAGUCCUUCACCAAUAAGUAAUCAACCAUCUCAGCGAAACCAGCACCAGCUGUAUGCAGCCACUACUCCUCCUUCGAGCUCUCCAUCAAGAGGUAUGUCGGGUCAACCCAAACCUCCAUUUAGUGUUAAUCCAGUAUAUAUUACCUACACUCAACCAACUGGACCUACAGGUGCACCAACACAGUCUCCUCGGGUAAUGGUAUCUCAGCCAAACCCAACCAUUUUUAAAAUCACAGUAGGUCGAGCACCGACUGAGAAUCUUUUAAAUUUAGUGGACCAAGAAGAGCGUUCUGCAGCACCGGAACCUAUUCAGCCUAUUUCUGUAAUCCCAGGAUCUGGAGGAGAAAAAGGAAGCCAUAAGUAUCAGAGAAGUUCUAGUUCUGGAUCAGACGACUAUGCUUACACUCAAGCCUUGCUGUUACAUCAACGAGCAAGGAUGGAGAGAUUAGCAAAGGAACUGAAGCUUGAGAAAGAAGAGCUUGAACGCCUGAAAGCCGAAGUCAAUGGUAUGGAGCAUGACCUAAUGCAGAGGCGGGUUCGAAGAGACACCUGUACAACUGCGAUUCCAACAUCUGAGGAAAUGACCAGAUUGAGAAGCCACAACAGACAGCUCCAGAUAAAUGUUGACUGUACACUGAAAGAAGUUGAUCUCCUUCAAUCUAGAGGGAACUUUGAUCCGAAAGCCACGUGUAACUUCUAUGAUAACAUAGAGCCUGGUCCUGUUGUGCCACCAAAGCCAUAUAAAAAGGAGCAUCAAACCAGCUCCAAACAGACUCCACGGACUCAGCCAAGAGAUGAAGACUUUGAAGGGGCUCCAUGGAAUUGUGAUAGCUGCACCUUUCUAAAUCAUCCAGCGCUAAAUCGCUGUGAGCAGUGUGAAAUGCCACGAUACACCUGAAAAUCAGGAAGGGGCUGCGUUGGGUUGAAAACAGGCUCUUAAGCUGACAGAUGUAGGAGAAGGAAACAUGGGGAACCUUUCAGUCCAUCUGCCCGGCCUUUGCCAGUCAACAAUCUUCAUAUUGCAAGGGGUGGCAGUAAUGUGUUAAGAUGUUUCUGCUUGUGCUACACUAAAAAUAAAUAAAUAAAGGGUGAAAUUCUUUCUUAUCCCAUUGCAGUGAGCAAAGCAGAAAAUGAAACCUGAAAAUGUAAAAGGAUUAAUUUUCGGAAGAAUGUAUACAGGAAAGCAAAUAACUACUGGUGUUUAGUCCUGUGGUUAUAGAUACUGCUUAGUGGCUCUAAAAAAACCAAACUUUUUUAAAAAAAAAUUAUAGGACUCUUAGUAAUGGUGUGAAAUGUUACACUUAACCACAAAAUCUGAAGAGCCAGAGCUGACUUAACCUGGCCACAGCUAGCUGGAAAACAAAGGCUCCCUGUGCUUCUAGAUUGUAAGCUACUGAAAAAGAAGACAGGUAAAUGCAAUGAUAAAUUUUGCAAUGUAUAAAAAAACAAGGAGAAGGGUAUUUGUUAUUGCUGCUUUUUUUCAGGGUAACUUAUGUCUACAGAAAAAUUGCUGUUUGAAAUAGUAACCUAAGGUGACUAAAUGAGAUACCGUAUGAGUGUUACAGAGAGUUUAAUCAGAGGUAAUUUUUUACGAUCCCUUUUGCUUGUACAGUGCUCACCUGGCUGUGUCAACACUGGUAAUAAACUAAGAAUGAAUUCUACCGUAUUACAGAUGAAAAUACUGCUGCAUGCUUUCAUUAGGCCUUUGUGUUUCAAAGCUAAAAGUAUGCUUUCAUAUACAACAAUCUUCUAAGCCUGUGCUCUGUAGCAGCACAGUGACAUACGCCAAACACAGACUACUGCAAAUUUGGUUUGGAAGACUUGAGCUCAGCCAUGGUUGUGUAUGAGAAGAGUUUGUACCCAGUUCCUUAGGCCUUUUCAGCUUCCAAUUUGUGAAGAAUUCAUGAUGUUUACAGCACAGAAGGUACUUUGUGCCCCAGUUCAAAGUUAGCUGAAAAAUAAUUCAUCAGUUAGCUCUUCAGUAAAGGUUUAUUUGCACAUUGUUAAUAAACCAGCCUGCAUAAAAGAGCAGAUGCCAGAUCCUGAAAAAUUACACACUGCAUUCUUUUUAUUUUGGUCAUGAAAUAUUUGCUGUAGAUUGAAGAACACAAGACUUGCAACUGAAAAUCAUACUGGUACUUUUAUGCAUAUGAUAUACUGUAUUAUAAAGGUGAUGUUCAAUUUGUUUGAAUGCUUCAGGUUGCUGUAAUAAAGCACUCAAUACUUGCGAAAUCGAUCUUGGGUUUGGGCAGCUGAAUGAUUAUGUUACACAACUGCGCGACUGAGCAGGAUGUUCUUGUGUACUGGUCAGAAGCUGGUACAGUGCAUUUGAGUUCUUACAGUAUAACUUUGUCAAGAUUUGGAGACACAACCAAGCACGUCAGCUAAGUUAUAGUAAUUGACUUUGCAACUGUGAGGCAAAAUGUGCUAGCUAAACCUUAUCAGAAGAGAUUUAAGCUACUUCAUUUUAAAUUGUUAUUAGCUCAUGGCAGCCACAUCCAUAUGGUCAAUUAUCACAAUUCACUUGAUGUGUGAUAACAUGUUAAGCAGUGGUAGAACAAUCAUGUCUGAAUCCUUAUGUAAAAUCAAGCAGCCUUGGUAAGGGUUGGGUAGUGGAAAACUCAUCUUGACUGCAUUGCUCAAUCUGGUGUCUUCUCUCUCUGCAGUUUAUAAAGACAACAGUAAAAACCGAACUGUGAUCUUAGAUGAGGAACCAAUAUUUUAUCUGGCGUUUUUCAAUAUGUUCUUGCACUAAUUGAAUCUUCAGCAUAAUUUUAAAUAAGCUAAGAGAUCUCCAGCGAUCAGUGUGCACCACUGAUGAGCAAAACAAAGUCAAAGGCAUCAGAACUAGUCCCUUCCUAUGUGGAAAGGGGUAAAAAAAAUUAGUGUCACAUGAAGUUAGAAGGCAAAUAUUGAUUUUACUCAUGUAAGUGGACAGUCUGACAAAACUGAGGUAACUAGAAAGCAGAUGAGCAGAAGCGUUAUACCUAGGAUAAGCAGUACCAUUGCUGUUAUCAGCUGUAUAAUGAAUUACUCAAUACCAGUAACUUCGUGACUUUUCUAUCGUGAUGCCUUUGCCUUUGCAUUAUUUAAAUUUUCUGUUCAUUUGUAUUUCUGCGGAAGUUCUAGAAGCAUUUGUUUUUGCUGGAAUUACUAAAUGAUAGCAAAUGAAAUGACAGCAAAUGAGAGUAGUUGUGUCACGCAUCAAUACAGCUGUGCCAUUUUCAGACAGAAUAUAUGCUACUUUUGAAGGAGGGAGGAGAUGCAUGCAGUCCAGUAAUUCCCUGAACUGUAAUAACCAUAAAUGGAGACUCGCUAAUCUUAGUCGUAGCUUCACCAGAGGAAGAGAAGGAAGGCUGCCGUGUGACAGUAAGAUGCAUUCUGGAAAACUGAAUGAGUGCCAUUAAAUUGCAAAUGGAUUCCUUCGUACCAAUAAUUUUACUCCAGUUUCUCAAUUGCUCUCAUUUUUUGCUUGUAUAAAAAAAAAACCCCACAAAAAAAACCCCAAAACCACCACCACCCUUAUGUUGUAUUCUUUUACUUGUAAAUGCCCAUACUCAGACAUUAAUAGGAAAGACUUUACAUGGUGCUUGAAUAUUUUUAGUUUGUUAGAAUGUAAAUCGUAUUUUGAAUAUUGGAAGAUCCAUUUUCCUUCUGAAAGCAGGUGACGCUGUUCACACCCCAACUGAAUUGUAGAUUAUGCCAAAAAGAUUGGUUUAUGUAAUAUUUAUUGAAUGCACAUAAAACCCUAAUGUCAGCUGGCAUACAAAAUGCACUGUAUUGUAUAAAACUUUUGUGUCUGUGUGAGUGGUGGGAUGCUGAUGCCGUUGUGUUGAGUUAAUGCACUACGUGUGUUUUCUUUUUUUCCUUAAUGACUGAGCUUUCCCUCAGCUAUGCUACUAGAGUGGUAGAGUGUGACUUGGACAUUCAGAUGUUCAAAAUUAUUUCACUGUUCAUUGAAAUUUUAUAAAGCUUAUUUUAUAUUUACUGUGCUAUUAAGAUGAAUCCCCUUUAAUUAUAGAAUACUACUGUAGUUCUUUAAAAAUUUAUUUAGAGUGGGGCUUGUGGAAAAUGAUUCAGAACAUAGUAAACCAAAAGAAAUCCUGAACUUUGGAUCUGCUUUUAAUUUGAUGUAAUUAUUAGUCUUGUUUGGGUGAAGAGGAAAGGGGUGGGAAGUCAAGCAAAAGGAAGUACUUUGUAAAAUCUAGUCUUAGAUCGAAUUGUGUAUCUGUGUGUCUGUGGUGUGUGUGUGUGUGUGUGUUUCCCUUGAAAAAUGGGAGGUGUGGUGAAAAGGUGUAAUAAUUCUUAAAAGAGCUGGUCUCAGUACUUUCUGAUUAUGAUAUGCUACUAAAUCACAUUUAAAAAAAAAAAAACCACAACUUUUCUUUCAGUUACUUUAUCUGUCCCAGUUAUACAUCUCUCAUUUCAAUUUCUAAAUACUUUUACAUUUAAUAUUGAUUGUAAAAAAAAAAAAAAAAAAAACCCUUGAAACUGAAAUAAAAAUACUUGAGUUGAAAUGGGGACAAAAGAAAAUAAAAACAAUAAAGAAUGUUUUUGAAAAAGAAUGUUGAGAACAUUAAAUAUGUUAAAAACAAGCUUGUCAUCAGGUUGAUAGUUUUUUGUUUUAAAAAUCAGUGGUAUACCCUAGAAUGUGAAAAUGACUAUCCUAAGAAGUGGACAGUUGGACAUAAACAAUUCAUCAGCUUGUUUGGCACCACAGAAUUUAUGUGCUCUGUACUACAGUGACUCUAAAUCCCGUAAAGAAAGAUGACAUGCACAGAUAUCACAUCUCAUAGUCAGUACUGUCUCUAUGUGCUGCUGCACUUGUUUCGUUUCAGAAUGUCAAUAUUAUAUGAAGCUAGCCAUGACUGAAUUUUGCCAGAUUUCUUCAGUUUUGGGCUUUCAUUGCUGUUUAUGUCCAUAAAUAUUAAUGCGAAUAUUUUUCUUGGUUUUGAAUAAUCAAAAAUCAAUGGAGUUAAUGCAAUAUUAUAAUCCUGGGUUUUCAGUACCUUUGAAACCGAUUUUAAAAAACUGUGUUCUUGAAACUUAUUUAUUUAUGGUGGCACCAGUGUAUCUAAUCCAUAUUUCCUGCUGUGUGAAACCCUGUUAAAUUUUUUCAUUAAAAGAAGACACGAUCUUGUUUAAUCCUGUAUAUAUGAUGUCUACAUUCUAGAUUUGUGUAUGCUGUGAAUGAACUUACUACUAAGAGAUGAAAUUGUAUAAAAGCAUUCAGAGGCUAUGCAUGCAUGGUACCUCCAGAAAGUGCAUACUCCGAGUUGCAGAUUCCUGCAGAAAUAAAUUAAUAAAACUAAGCAAACAUC